AUGGAAGUGAUAGAGGAAUUAAAACGUCAACGAACGACGCUUAAGAGUCGCGCGACUAGGUUCAAGACAUUCGUAGAGAAUUACGCGGACAGUGUCGAAAAUCGCAUAGCAUUAGAAUCGAGGUUAGAGAAAUAUAACGAAUUGUGGUAUGAGUAUCACGCGUUGCAAACGAAGAUUGAUGCGAUUUUGCCCAAGCCAGACAUCGCAGAGCGUGAGAGAUUCGAGGAAGUCUUUUUUGCGGUGCAAGCGGCAGCACGAUCGAAAUUAGGACAAUACGGAAUCAAUAGAAUAGAGUCGCAUGUUAACCGUCAAGCAGAAAACGCGAUUCAAAAUGCACCAAACGCCAUUAACCAUCAAACGCUAAUACGACUGCCCGUGAUAACUCUGCCGAACUUCAACGGAAGCUACGAACAAUGGCAACAAUUUUACGAUACAUUCAAAGCACUCGUUCAUGGCAAUCCUAACCUAAACGACGUUCAAAGGUUUUACUAUCUAAAAUCUGCACUGUCAGGUUCCGCCGCACAGUUUUCCAAUUUGCGUUUAACUAUCCAUCAUCCCAUUCACGAGCUAUUCAAUACACCUCCAAUUCUGAAAGAGUCGGCAGAGUUAUUGCGAGCGUUAUUGGAUAACUUUCAAAAGCACUUGCGAGUAUUACAACAGCUGAAAGAACCCGUAGAUAAGUGGGAUACUCUCAUAAUUUAUUUGAUGACUAGUAAAUUGGAUCCCGUGACAAAGAAAGAGUGGGAACUGAAGGUUGUCCAGGAAAAAUUGUCUACAACUAAGCAAUUAGUCGAAUUUAUUAAUACACGAUGCGAAUUUCUGGAAGCACUUCACCCAGCACAGAGUCGAAAUACUACGGUAGCACAUGUAACGACGAAUGAAACAGGUUCAAACCACUUGCUACAGAAAUGCACGUCACGAAACUGCAGACAUUGCUCAAAGAGGCAUCACUUUCUGCUUCACACGAACGAGCGAUCUAACAAUGAUGCUCAAGGCGCAGCAUCGUCCAACAAUGCAUCAACAAGUUCAAAGGACACUAAUGCUAACAUUCAAGCAUGCGAGUCGCCGGCCGCAACGUCAGUUUCAAUGAAGACAGUUGGACCCAACAAAUUUAAACCGGAGGUUCUGUUAUCGACAGCUGUCGUUUAUAUUCGCGACGAUGCCGGUAAUUUCCAUAAAGUGCGUGCAUUGUUGGACAAUGGCUCGCAAUCAAAUUUUAUCGCUAAGUCAGUAUGUCAAAGACUAGGUCUUCAAACAAACGCAACCAAACAUUCAAUCUCGUGUCUAAAUGUAACGGAAACACAAAUCACUGAAACAGUCCAGACCACAAUAGUAUCGUCCAAUACGACUUACGAAACAGGCUUCAAUCUAUUCGUUGUAAACCAAAUCACACGUCCUAUCCUUACCAGAGCCAUCAAUGUAAACUCUAUUAGUCUGCCACAGCACAUCGAAUUAGCUGACCCGUCAUUCCAUACGCCGCAAGCCGUAGACAUAUUACUGGGAGCAACAGUCUUCUGGGACAUUUUGGAAACAGAUAGAAUUCAGCUAGGAGCUAAACAGCCAGUGCUGCAAUCUACCAAGCUGGGUUGGUUGUUGUGCGGACAAAUCGGACCGCCAAUCAAUACCUUGUCACAUACCAACGUCACUAUAUGUGGAUUUGUGCAAAACAAGGACCUGCAGGCGCAAAUAGAAAAAUUUUGGCACAUCGAGGACAUGCCUAAUGCAAGAAUACUUUCUAAGGAACAAUCCAAAUGCGAAGACAUCUUUCAGAAAGAACAUCGCCGAACUGAAGACGGGCGAUUCGAAGUUCCAUUACUAUUUCGCGAAGAUCCCAGUACCUUAGGAGAGUCCAGGACUAAUGCGUUAAAGCGAUUGCGCGGCAUGGAGCGUAAAUUUCUAAGGGAUCCCGAACUACAAACCCGAUAUAUCAAGUUCAUGGAGGAGUACAUAAAUCUUGGUCAUAUGUCCAUGUUGCCCGUGACUGAAGGUCAGAAAAUCAACUAUCUACCUCAUCAUGCAGUAACAAAGGAAUCUUCAAUCACCACCAAACUUCGAGUUGUCUUUGACGCGUCCAGUCCAACGAAGUCUGGGAAGUCACUCAACGAUUACUUGCUGGUAGGAUCUACAAUCCAACCAGAGUUGUUCGAAAUCAUCAUACGUUUUCGAUUACAUUCCUACGUCUUGACGGGUGACAUCGUCAAGAUGUACAGACAAGUUAGAAUAAAGCCGGAGCAUCGAGCAUAUCAGUGCAUACUAUGGAGAUCCAAUCCAGAGGAACCACCCACAACGUACAGUUUAAAUACUGUAACGUAUGGGGUCGCUUCAUCACCAUUCCUGGCCAUAAGGUCACUACAACAAUUAUCAGUCGAUCAUGAAAAAACAUACUCUGCAGCAUCGGUCAUCGCCCGUGACUUCUACGUCGAUGAUAUGAUUACGGGAGCAGCCUCGGUGCAGCAACUGCGUGAAAUUAAAACUCAAGUUACCGACAUAUUGAUGACCGCAGGGUUCGAGUUGUCUAAAUUUCGUUCAAACGUCUCACUUGGCCAGGACGAGCACUUGGACCACUAUGGAUUAACUGAUGCAAAGGUUUUAGGAUUACUGUGGCAGUCAAAGGCGGACUCAUUGCGGUACGAAGCAACUUGCAACAGUAUACCAGAAAUCGUCACAAAACGUACGAUGCUAUCUCUAAUCACGCAAAUAUUCGAUCCGCUGGGUUUGAUUGGACCAGUUACCAUCAAGGCCAAAAUUCUGAUGCAGUCACUGUGGCAAUUGAAAAUCGACUGGGAUACACCCAUACCAGAGACACUCCGCAUGAUAUGGUUAUCAUAUCUUCAACAGCUGCCAAGCAUCAACAAAAUCGCGAUACCUCGGCACGCAAUUUUGCAUCAACCAAGGGACAUACAACUCCAUGGAUUCUGCGACGCUUCUCAAAGCGCUUAUGGUGCAUGCAUCUACCUUCGAUCUGUUGACGAUAUUGGAGCGGUUUAUGUACAGCUGUUGACCGCAAAAUCACACUCUGAAGUCACACUAGCAUGGAUUCAAGGUGAACCAUCACAGUGGCAAGUCUUUGUUGGCAACAGAGUCGCAGAGAUUCAACGGCUGACUAACCAAGGGGAUUGGGCUCAUGUGCGUUCAGAGGACAACCCUGCCGAUUUGAUAUCGCGUGGGAUACUGUCGGAACAGCUGAUUGACGCCACAAUAUGA